AUGCUGGAUAAAUUUUGGCCGGUCUACUCAUGCUUCCACUUUGUAUUUCCAUUAUUUCAGUUAGAGGAUCAAAACCAACAAAACCGAUGCCAAAGAAAGAUAACUAAGUAUCAAGUGCUCUGCGUUUGGAGAAUAACUGUAACACCUGGAAGAAAGGCACAUCUUGAGAUCCACACUUUGACUAUAAGGUCUCCUAGUUCAUGGAUUCGUGUCCUCGAUGGGAAUACCUGCGGUGGGAUGGAACUAGCAAAAUUUGGAGAAAAAGACCCUAUUCCUCAUUCAGGUAUCAACUCCACCAAAAAUGUAAUGACUAUCGUCUAUUCAUCCGCCUUUUCACCGACAAGAGAAACCUUCAACGCAUCUUUUUCAGAAGAUGGAUCCACAUCUUCAACGGUGACACGAGGUCCUAGUUUUGAAAUCGAUUAUAGAGAUGAAUACAACACUUCACUUGGUACAAUAUUCCAGCUUGAUAUACCCUACACAUUGCUCGGCGGCAUACUCUUGUGCGCGUUGCUAAUUUCAUUUGGUCAAACGGAGUAAACGGGAAGACACAGUUUGGCGUAGCACCGCUUUUCGUUGGGUGUUUCCUUACAAUGUCAAGUUUAAAUUUGUGUCUUUGUUAACGUAUGCGUGUGGACUUCGUUUGGUCAGAGGAAUUGAACCGGAAGACCUAGUGUUUUGCAUGACACUGCCUUGAACUAUAAUUCUACUGACAUUAUUUCUUGUGGCAAAUGAAAUUUUGUUUGUGCG